UUAACAAAGGAACUGAAACCAUGUUGAAAAAGUGCUCAACUAAAACUGCAAGGGUAAAAGGUAUCACCUUUCACCCGAGCCUCCACUUUCUCAUAGCUUCUUUACAUUCUGGUGAAAUACAGUUAUGGAACUAUUUGAAUUCAACCCUGGUAGAGGUAUUCGAGUACCAUGAAGGACCUGUCAGGGGAAUUGACUUCCAUUUACUACAACCACUUUUCGUCAGUGGAGGUGAUGACACUCACGUGGUUGUAUGGGACUUCAGGCAGAAGAAAAUGCUUUUUGCCUUAAAAGGACACACAGAUUAUGUACGCACAGUGCAAUUUCAUCCCAAUUACCCAUGGAUAUUAUCGGCGUCCGAUGAUCAAACUAUAAGAAUAUGGAAUUGGCAAGGUAGAAGCUGUAUUAGCGUAUUACAAGGCCACACACAUUAUGUUAUGUGUGCUCGAUUUCAUCCCAAAGAGGACUUAUUGGUGUCUGCUAGCCUUGAUCAAACUGCCAGAAUCUGGGAUGUUACCGUGCUUCGUGAGAAGAAUUGUGCCAUCCAAACUAUUGAUGAUGCUAGUGCCAAUUCGAAUGGACUUUCGGACAUACAGAUGUUUACUGUAGGUGGUCUACCUAGCAGAACAUCUGAGCAUUCAAAGCUUCAUGAAAAACUGGUCUUUACAGACGUGCUUUGUUUAUACAACAUGUGUGGGCACGAAAAGGGUGUAAAUUGGGCAAUAUUUCACAAUGCCAUGCCGUGUGUCAUAACCGCUAGUGACGAUAAGACAAUCAGAGUAUGGAGGUACAAUGGUCCCAAUAUUUGGCAAACUAAUAUUCUGCGAGGUCAUAAAGAUAAUAUUUGCUCAUUGAUAAUGCAUCCUAACAACAUCAAUUACAUGAUAUCGGUAUCGGAGGACAAAACCAUAAAAGUUUGGGAUACCAGAAAGUGGUUUUUAGCCUAUACUUACACAUCAAAGGAGAAUAGGUUCUGGAUUGUCCAGCAAUCUAAAAAUUCAAACUAUAUAGCUACAGGACAUGACUCUGGUUUCAUAGUCUUCAAGCUGUUCAAAGAAAGGCCCAUUGUUACACUGGUAGGAAACACCCUGUACUAUAUAUGGAAUGGAAUUCUCUACUCCAGCAAUCUGGACAAAGAGAUUGAGACUACAGAUCAAGAAGCUAAUAAAGGGUUUGCAAGACAAAAUUUAUCUGAAUGUGAUAUCUGCUAUGAUGAAGACGGAAUAUCCGGUGGAACUUGUUCUGGAGGAUUACUAGAUGGAAAUGAGUUUCAAAGCAUGGGUGAGCUGGUAUUCCGAUCACCAGCAGCAGUAUUUAGUAAAAGGUACCGCAAAAGGAUACUGGCCCUUAGUGGUGUGGUCGAUUGUAGCGUCGUUGCGCAAAGUGUCAUGGCAGCCUUGGUGACAUACAGCCCAAUGCCAACCAACCUUAAAGGUAACAGAGAUCUUAUAUGGCCUUUUGCUAUAUAUUACAAUCACUACUGCCCAGAUAAGAGUCUCUUCCUUGUUAACUAUGUAUUUAAAAAGCAGCAUAUAUAUGAGGUUCUGAAACGUGGAGCAUCAUCCGAAUAUAAUCCACAAGAUAAUAACACGGUUCUUAUGGGCGAAGCUAUGUCAGCUUGUUUUGCAUCGAGAUCGCUAGUAGUGGCGAUCAAUAUGUCACAUGAUGUUGUCCUGCACAACUUAGAGGGAGGCCCUGUAAGCUCGAUCUGUGUAGAAGGUAAUGUUGAUAAAGUAUUUCCCAUAUGUUCCGGCAUUGUCCUAUUCUGGUCUAAGGAACAAAAAAUGCUCUCUAUUUAUAAUAUUGAGUGCCAAGAGGAAGUCUAUAAGGUCAGGGUGUUUGUGGAUAAACUUUUUAAUGUAUUUGUUUCUCCAUCCAAAAAACUUAUCGCGGCUGUCUUCCGUAACAAAGUUCUCAUAUAUGACAGGAAGCUAGAGAAACUAGCAUCCGCAGAAGUCCAUGGAAAGAUUAAGACUGCAGCUUGGUAUGAAAAUUCAGCAGUCAUAUACGCAACAGACGAACGUAUGUAUUAUAUCAUGGUAAAUGGUGAUUGUGGAGUACUCCAAAGUAUAGAUGCACCCAUAUAUAUAGUACGCAUAAAGAACACCUCACUACAUGUUAUGAAGAGAGACCACAGGUGUUACAGGAUUGAAAUUAAUUCAGAUGAAUUCUUCUUUAAAGUUGCGCUUUACUACAAAAAGGUAGAUACUGCGAAGAAACUUAUAGAAGCCGGAAGGAUACACGGAAAUGCGAUGGUUGCAUAUCUAAUCAAUAAAAACUAUCCGUCGUUGGCGAGGAUGAUAAUUACUGAUCCCAUGAUGAAACUCGAAGUGGCACUUAAAUUCGGCGAUAUAGAGGAAGCACUUGAAGAUGCGCACGUUAUCGAUGAUGUCGAAACUUGGGAAAAUGUGGGCAACGCAGCAAUGGAACAAGGAAACUGCGUAGUGGCAGAAGCUGCUUACCAAAAGGCAAAAUUAUUUGAUAAACUGAGCAUGUUGUACCUUAUUACUGGUAACAGUGCGAAGUUGAAGAAGAUGUUAAACCUUUGUAAAUUUAGGAAUGAUAUCACCUCAACAAUUCAAAAUGCCAUUUACCUUGGUGAUAUGACAGAAUUGUCGAAUGUUUUAAAGAAUACUAAGCAUGCCAAGUUGUCUCAAAUAUGUGAAAAUACAUAUGGUAUAAAUAUCGAGGAUGGGAAUGGUCAAGAAAAUCCAGAUGCCUCAUAUAUGGUUCCUCCCAUUCCCAUCACAAGGCUAGUGGGCGAAGAUGCUAAUUGGAAGGUGUUGGCAACUGAAUCGAAGUUGGACGAGCAAGUUUUCUACGAUGAUUGCGAUCCUUCGGAAGUUGAUCAGGUUUCAACAUGGGUUGAACCUACUAUCGCCACAAAAUCAGAUGUUAAUGCUGAUGUUUGGGGCAGUAUUGAUGAGAUUGAAAGUGCGGAGAGCAUGGAAGUAUACGAAUCCGAGCGAGAGGCCGCUGUGGACACAGGUCCUCCGAUUGGGCUUUCCCCUCUCGACUAUAUCAACAUGGGUGAAUCUGAAGUUGCUUUAGAUCUACUAGAGAAGAAUUUUGGUUUGCGUGAUAAGACGUUGCUACUAGACAUAGUUGAGCAAGCUCAACAGUAUGCCCAAGGAUCUAGUCAUGAAUCCAAUAAUAUUCCCGGCCAUCCUUAUGGUAUUCGACCCAUUAAUCCCAUACUUAAUGAUGAUUAUGUUCACACCAUAAUGAACAAAGGAUAUACCAAUGUCACCGCUGGCCUGUUUCAAGAUGCCGUAGUUGAAUUUAGAUUGGCACUGAAACAUUGGAUAUUUUUAGUGACUGAAGCAUCACGAGAGUACAUUGAACAGUGUCGUAUUUACAUCACUGCAAUGUUGCUGGAGGAUGAAAGAGAAAAACUGUCUGAUGUUGAUAUGAGGCGUUCCCUGGAGUUGGCUGUAUAUUUCGCCUGCUGUAAUCUACUGCCUCAACACCAAUACCUUGUAAUGCGCCGUACAAUGGGCAUCAUGUGGAAGGCCCAAAAUUACAUUACAGCGAAAAAAUUAAUCACGCGUCUUCUGUCCCUUGAUGUAUCCAACAUAGAUGGUGCUGAAGAUGAAAUGCAAAAGGCAAAACGAAUAUAUGCAUUAUGUGAAAAGAAAGGAGUUGAAACGUAUGCUUUAGAUUGUGAUGAAGGAGAAUAUAACGAUCUCAACAUUUGCACAAUUAGCUUUGUCAAGAUUAGAUCGCAGCCUACUGUUCAAUGCCGAUUCUGCGGUGCAGUGGCAUUAGACAAGUAUCUAGGUCAUACUUGUAAUAUUUGCCAAUUAUGUAGCCUGAUUAGAUGAUCGGCAUGGCAUGCUAUAUACUUGGGGCACUAUGA